AUGAUGAAAGACUAUAUCGAAUAUUCCAACAGAGGUGAGGCUUGUCAGAGGCAUGGUCCUAUCCAGCAGGCUCCCUCAGUUCCCAUAAAUCCAGUGGUUAAGCCAUGGCCAUUUAGAGGAUGGGCAAUGGAUCUCAUUGGCAAAAUCUAUCCAGCCAGUAGCAAACAACAUUGUUUCAUCAUUAUAACUACAUACUAUUUCACCAAAUGGGUGGAAGCCAAACCUGUUAAAUCUACCACAUCUCAAGAGAUCAUCACUUUCAUAAAAGAGCAUAUUAUACAAAGGUUUGGUAUACCACAGUCAAUCACAACUGACAGGGGAUCUUCUUUCAUAUAUGGAGAGAUGCUAGAUAUGGCAGAAGCAUUCAAAUUCAAGCUACUUCAAUCCACUCCUUAUUAUGCCCAAGCUAAUGGGCAAGCAAAAUCAAGUAACAAGGUGUUAACCAAUAUUAUUUGGAAAAUGCUUGAGAAAAAUCCAAAGCAGUGGCAUGAGAAAUUAUCAGAAACUCUCUGGGCAUAUAGAACUUCAAAGAGAGAGGCAACUGGCAUGACCCCAUAUGCUCUAACCUAUGCUCAUGAUGCAAUUCUGCCUAUGGAAGUAGCAGUCCUAUCUCUCAGAAUUGCUCAGCAACACAAUCUGAUUGGAGAAGAUUACUCUCAAGCAAUGCUGCUAGAACUAGAAGGUUUGGAUGCCCGCAGAAUUGAUACCCUCAACAAACUCUUAGCAGGGAAACAGGCUGUAUCAAGGGCAUACAAGAGUUUUGAAGAAGGAGAAAUAGUCUAG